GCACAGUGUGUCCCUUUAAAAAACCCGGAGCCGCUCAGCGCAACUCGAUCCCUGCCUUAACACACAGACACAGCUCUGUGCUCGCGGUAGAGGGAGAAGUCUGACCCAACAACAACAGUAAAUAUCACGGACAGACACAGCAGGCUUUAACAGUCAAACGGAAGGAUUUAAGAAACGAAACGCUUGUGUGGAAUACUGCUGUUGUUAUUCAGCCGGGUCGGACUGGUCUGUUCAUCAGCACGCCAAGGAGAAGUUACGGAUAAACUACGCUCGAGACAUUCACCGAUCCCGUCUAACUUUUGGGAGCGCUAGUGGAGACGCAAGCUGAACGAGUUUUACUACUACUAUCGUGUUCCACAGCCACAGAGAUGAUCAACUGUUGGUGCUAAACUCUAACUCUUCAGACGUGUGAGAAGUGGUGCUAGAUGCUUAUUUAACAGUUGGCAGGAGUAGCAGUAAACAGCUUCUCCUUCAUUUUGGUGAGUGGCCUUCUCCGUUUUGCAGUGGAGGGCUUCACACUCAUAGCUAGUGUGGCUGGAUGCAUCACACAGCAGAGCAGUUCACCGGGUGCAGCACACGGGACCCUUUUCCUCUGGACGGACUCAACCGGGGACCAUGGGCUCCCGUGGGCAGCCGUGCCUGGCAACCUCCCACCAGGUGCUUAACUGGUGUCAGUCAGCACCAGCUUCUCCCCCAUAUGCCCAGUCACAUGACUGGGCUAAAUCAUCCAAGUAAAUUCUUAAACAAUGGACCCAUACAUCGAGGAGAUAAGCAAGACCUGUCACAGGCUUUAAUGCCGGCAUUGCAAAGAAUGCCCGCUGCUCCUCCCAGGCCUUGGGAUACAACCAGAGCUGGCCAGGGGUAUGAGCCAUUGCCUGGUGAUAACCACAACAGAUUGCGCAAUGGCUACAAUGCAGGGCCUCCUGCACACCUCACAGCUCGAGCUAAUCAGCUACUGAAGUUUGGUGCACCUCAUCCUCAAUUGUCAACCCAUGGAUCACGGCCCAUUCAUCCAUUACCUGAUUUAUGGACUCAACCUGAAAAUCAGCAGCAACCCAGGGGACCUCACUCUAAUUCUGGACAGUUAAAACGUCCUGGUCCCCCUCUCGGAGAGCAUUCUGUAAUUCAGCAUACACCUGCUCCCUCUCUACACCGACACAUAGAAGACCUCCCCAGUCCGAGCAAGAGGAAAAAGAGCUCUGGGUCUGAACAGAUUGCUCAUUCAGCCAUGCAGCGUUUAUCUGGGCCAACUGUACUUUUGAAUCAACAGCCAUCCUCCCACUAUCCCCCACCUAAACCUGGCUUUUGGAACCCUUUGCACAAAGGAGGAGCACCCUGGAACCCAAAUGAACACAAAAGCGGACCCAUUAAUUUCCAGGAUUCAGCGAAGUCAGAAGUUGAAAGUAUCCCCUAUAAAGCACCUCCUAUAAGUCUAUCAACCUUAUCCUCUCCCACCAUAUCCCCCACAAGUGGCUAUGGACAAAGCAGGGCCUCUUCAUCACAGUCACAAAAGGCCACUCAAUCACCACAAUCUCUGGGACCACCUUUACAGAGCCCUCACAUCCACCAUUCAACAUACCCUUAUUCCAAAAACAGACCUUCAGACCAGUCCCAAGGAGAACUCCAUGGUACUACUCCACAAAGAGGACAUCAUUUGGAUAGCCCACCUCCGCUAAUUCCUAAAUUCUCCUCAUCGCUGCGGGCAGAUAGGGAGCGUCCUGCACCCUCACCAGCAAGCCACACCACUGUGCCUUACAGUCACCCCCAGUUCCAGCCUCACCCAGGGUUGGUCCAUUCUACCAGCCCACCAGCCAGCAAUCAGGCCCAGGCCACAGUACCUCAGCACAACCUCCACAAACCCUGGAGGAACCAGGAGUCACAUGAAUUUGCAGGAACAGGAGUUUCUCAGAUUGCGGCACGCCACUCUCAGGCACAGAAUAGUGUUGUGGGUAACCAGGGUCCAAGGACCCCCCAACAUGUGAGCCCACCUCAGGCCCCUGCUCGAAAACCUGUAAUUACUCCAAACCUAGAAACGGCUCAUCCACCUUGCUCCCUGGAACCAUACACCAGUGUUGGAAGCAUCCCUACAAUGAGCUCAGCACCCCUUACAACCUCCUCAAUCCACAGCACUCUAAGCAUCGGGAGACCAAUGGAUUCUUCAGUGCUGAUGUCAAACCCAAACCAUGUUUCCAUGAUUGGUCAAAAUCCACCACAUCCUGGUUAUCAUGGUGUUCACACUGGUGUUGGAACCCUUCAACAUCUACAUAGAGUGCAAUCUCAAAUUCAGCAGUCCACUCCUCCCCACACAGGACAAAGUAGACCUAACUACACCCCAGUGUCCUCUACUCCUUCCACCCUAAACUCAGGGCUUCAGCGAUCAGGGGACAGCGUCAUCACCAGCAAAACCUCUAACACUCUCCCACAACCGGUCAGUUCACCUCUAAGUUGCCCUCACCCUCCAGCACAAAUAAAGGCCAACUCGAUACUGCAGACAAUGUCCAGCAGGUCAUACAACUCUGUAACCACCCAAUCUUCCUCAAUUUCUCAGGCAACUACUACUGUUCCAACUCCAGUUUACCCAGUAUCCAGUUUGCAGCCUACUGCCCCAUGCUCAAUAGCUGAUGCUUUAAAUACUGAUGCAGAGUUGCAGGGCCACAUGCAAGCAGAAGAGAGAAAGAGACAACAGGAAGAAAAGAGAAAACAGAUUGUAGAGCAACAUGAAGUAAACACAAAACCACAUUGUGAGUCUGCCAUUAGAAGUCUGGAACGUUUGUUGUCAGGUAGUACAACUGAGCCUCCCCCUCCUCGUUUGUCUCUAGCCAAUGCACCCUCUUCCAUCUCACCCUCUAGCCAGAAUUCACCCUAUCCCUGGUUGAGUAGAGGAGGAGUGCCCCCACGUCCUUCUGGAACUUCAGCAACUAUUAUAGAACAAUCACAACCACCUCCUCUUACUCCCCAGACAGAAUAUGCCCGUGAGAAGCAAAGGCAGAGAGAGAAAUUGAAGAGUGGGGCACCACCUCAAAAUUCUACUGGGAUUCCCACAUACCACUCAGAAUCUGCUCUCAUCAGCACCACCAACCACAGCAUGCAACUGAAACCUGGCCCGUCCAAAGACUUCACAUUGAAAACCGCUGAAAACGUUGGGAUAAUUGGUGCUAUUCCUAACCCUCCACCCCUGCGAGAGCAACCCAAACUUUAUCAAGCUUUUCACAAGGAUGCUCACUCUUCAUGCACAUUAAUUAGCCUGCCGGAAAACAACCUUCAAAAACAAAUGCCCAGUGCAGGACUUCAAAGUCUGGGUAGCAAUCCUAGUAGCUGCAGUGGUGAUUCAGAUGGUGCCCAAUUUGAGGAAGAAACUUCUGAGCUUUUGCCUGAUGGAUUAGCUAACAUCAUGAAGAUGCUGGAUGAGUCAAUUAAGAAAGAGGAGGAGUUGUAUUCUGGUCAAAAGGGAGAACAAGCAGUGUCUGAACUUCCAUUUUCUACAAAUGUGGCUCCUGUGAAGAGUUAUUUGUGCGCACCAGACCUUGUGCCUGCCCUAAAGCAAUCACCAGCUGAGGAUUAUCAGCCAGAUGGCCAUGCAAGCCCCCCUGUGUUAAGUCGACAAGGUUCACUGGCAUCUCCUUGCAGCCGCACAUCCUCACUUGAGGAAGAAGAAGAGGUUCUUACCUCUUCACUCAAGGUCAUUCCCAAGUCUGCAAAUUCCAAUAGUGUUCUGUCCCAGGAUGGCAGUCUUGCCACAACAGGAACCAGUUAUCGCCAUAGUGACCUGGCCAAGCUUUAUGGCAUUUCAGAGGUAGAGAAAAGUGAGUGUGAGGAUGAUGAAGAUGAAGUGGAUCGAGAAGAUGAAACUCCAUCCUGUUCACCACCUCAGCGCCCACACCUUCAUCAGACAGGUGUGAACAGCAUGUUUAAAAACCUUGCAUCUGUACUUGAGAGUCAGAAGUACACAUACCGGGGUGGUCCCUUUGGACGUCCCCCUCGUUCCGCUUUUGUGGGAGUGAAGUACUCCUCAUCUCUUUCUUUGGGGCCUGACAUUUGCAGGCAGCAACAAAGCACUUCUCCCACAUCAGGUUCAGCCAGUCAUCCAGGCUUUAGCAGUCCAACACAAACCCCUGCCAUUAGUAACUCUGGUCAGAAUUGUCCCCUCUCACCUACCAGUUGUGAAUCAGAGAGGAAAAGAGGGGAUAAAAUAAGCCCGUCAGAUCUUCUGGGCAACGAUGAUGAGAAAGAGAUUUCAGAAGAACCCAAAGUUGAGGUGGAUUCUGGAAACAUGAAAGACUUGUUGGAAAGACGACCAAAGCUGACCACCAUCUCAGAGUCUUCACUAGCAGAGCUUGGUCGCUUGGAAGUUAAUAAACACAUAAUCCCUUUUAAAAAUCAUUCAAAUGCAGAGGCUCAUGAGAUAUACAAACCCGAUGAAGAAAAGGAACGACACCGAGAACGAGAGAGGAAACACAAACACAGCAGCAGUAGCAAAAAACAUGAGGACAAGAAGGAGAAGAAAAAGCACCGAGAAAGACAUGACGAUGCAUCCCUUUCCUCCUCCUCUUCUUCCAGCUCCAGUCGAAGACACAGGGAUGGAAAGUCACACAAGGAAAAGAAGAGCAGGCAAGUGCUGGGUAAUCUGGACCUUCAGAGUAAGGAGCUUAGGGAGAAGGAACAAGAGCGAAAUGGAGACAAGAAGAGAAGGAAAGAAGAAAGUAGUCGACCCCAGAGUGAAGGGGAAGCAUGGACUCAGAUUAGAGAGAAGGGCAGCAGCUCUGGACAUUCUUCCGAUCUCCCAUCAGGUUCAUCUGCAUUAUGUUCUGAUGACUUUCAGAAACUGAAAGCACUAACAGAUGGGCCGCCUAAAGAACUGAAGAUUCGUCUCAUAAAGGUGGAGAGUGGCGACAGGGAGACAUUUAUUGCUUCAGAAGUAGAAGAGAAGAGGAUUCCUCUGAAAGAUAUAACUAUAAAGAACUCUGCUAGUGAAAUUGUCAGAGCCUGCAAGGCAGCCCGCAUGAAGGGGAAAUUCAAGGAAUCUUAUCUCCUGGAUGCCUUCUCUGUGAAACCUGUUUUGAGCUCAGAGCUGCCCAUUCCUCGUGAGAAACUCAACCCCCCUACCCCAAGCAUCUAUGUAAGCAAAAGAUAAAGAGACGCAUUCUCUCCGGUCCUGCUGCAGUUUUGUACAGAUCAAAACCCCAUUACUGUUAUCCGGGGACUAGCUGGCUCUCUAAGAUUAAAUCUUGGUUUGUUUUCCACAAAGUCUUUGGUGGAGGCAAAUUCAGAGCAUGCAGUUGAGGUCCGAACCCAGGUCCAGCAGCCAGCAGAUGAGAACUGGGAUGCCAGCGGCACUGGCCAGACCUGGCCCUGUGAAAGCAGCAGGUCACAUACAACAAUUGCCAAGUAUGCCCAGUACCAGGCAUCUAGCUUCCAAGAGAGCUUACAGGAAGAGAAAGGCAGUGAUGCUGAGGAGGAUGAUGAUGAAGAUGAAAAGCCAGCCACUAAAGCUGAGAGUACAAUCAGUAACUCCUCAGCACCCAACUCCAGUUCAGAGCAGAAAACUGUGGGGAAAAUAAUUAAAUUUGGCACAAACAUUGACCUGUCUGAUCCCAAAAGAUGGAAGCCUCAGCUGCAGGAACUGCAGAAGUUGCCAGCAUUUAUGCGUGUAUCCUCUGGUGGGAAUAUGCUAAGUCAUGUUGGCCACACCAUUUUGGGAAUGAAUACAGUACAACUAUACAUGAAGAUCCCGGGAUGCCGCACACCAGGACACCAGGAGAACAACAACUUCUGUUCUGUUAACAUCAACAUUGGACCUGGAGACUGUGAGUGGUUUGCUGUCCAUGAUGACUACUGGGAGGCCAUCAGUGAUUUUUGUGAGAAACAUGGAGUGGACUAUUUGACGGGAUCAUGGUGGCCAGUUCUGGAUGAUUUGUACCGAGCUAACAUACCUGUGUACCGGUUCAUCCAAAGGCCAGGAGAUCUGGUGUGGAUCAACGCAGGCACUGUACACUGGGUUCAAGCUGUAGGCUGGUGCAACAACAUUGCUUGGAAUGUGGGACCCGUCACUGCUUAUCAGUACCAGGUGGCUUUAGAGAGAUUUGAGUGGAACGAAGUGAAGAAAGUGAAAUCCAUCGUUCCCAUGAUUCAUGUGUCCUGGAACGUGGCCCGCACUGUUAAAGUCACCGACCCAGACGCUUACAACAUGAUCAAACACUGUCUCCUCCAGUCUAUUAAGCACAUUCAGAUCCUAAGGGACCAGCUGGUGGCAGCAGGAAAGAAGAUUUCCUACCAGAGCAGAAUGAAGGAUGAGCCGGCCUACUACUGUAACGAGUGUGAUGUGGAGGUGUUCAACCUGCUGUUUGUGACCAGCGAGAACGGCAGUCGGAAGAUGUACGUGGUGCACUGUGAGGACUGUGCACGUCAACGCAGCCCAAAUCUCUCCAAUGUAGUAGUGCUGGAGCAGUACCGCAUGGAGGAGCUCAUGAACAUGUACGACUCCUUCAGCCUGGCCGUCAGUCCCAGCUCUCGAUGAGGACGUCUCAUCCCUUUUCCUCACACAGCCAUAACCAAAACUCCUGCUCGCAGGACAAGAUCUUUUAUUUUAGUCCAAUUAAGACCCAAAACAUUUAGUGUUGAGAAAUUACCUACUACUGUUAAUAUUUGUUAAACAAGAACCAAUCGAGAAGCAGUUUACUCAGCAUUGUUUACAGAACCAAUCAGCCAAUAAGACUCCAGUUUACUUCUGUCGGUCUUGUGUACCAACCUCUGAAUGGCUCUGCGGGACUUGAGGUGGAACGCAGUUUGGUGCUGUCGCAGCCGAGUGGAGGAGAUCCUGUUCCUUUGGCUUUUCUUUCAUGAUGCUCUUUUUCUUGAGGGUUUUGUCUUGAAUACUGAAUUAUGUAAAUGCUCUUUGUACUUUUCGUGGGUGCUUAUUUUUCUUCAAUAAUUUAUUAUUUUUCAACCUAGAACAGCCUAGAUAUAUACCACAUUGGCCUUGUGACUUGUAUUUAGUGAAGAGAUAAGAAAAACAAAUUAAUAAUACUAAUAAUAGAGCUAUGGACUUUUUUCUAAGGCAUUAAGAAUUAAAAGAAAUACAGUUGUUCAGAAUGCUUCAAAACAUACGGGUUUUAUAAGACUUUUUUCAGUUUUAGUGUGGAUUGUUUCGUUUAUAUCAUCAGGAAAAGCAUUUUUAGGGUUCUAAUCAGGCGUUUUGUGAGUAGAAUCGUCCGCUUUCAUUUGUUUUGUUCAGUGAAUUGUCUCGCAUCUUUACAGAUCUAUUCUCUGAAAGGUUUUUAUAAUUUAAAAUGUUUUUCUAUUUAUUGGAUAUAAAAUGUUCUCCCCUGCCUCAACAUGCUUAUCAGAGAUGUAUUAAUGGUUUCUCUUCUUAUUCUAAACCAUCUGUAAUAUUUUAAAGGGUGCUGAUUUUUAUUUUUUGAUUCGUGGUGCUUGCCCCCCUUUAAAUAUUGUUCCUAUAUAUACAUAUAUAAGUCUCCUGACUAACCCCUUGUCCAUAUAGAAUGAAGAGCACAGAGGAUUUGACUAAUCAGAUGUCUGUUAUACACCAAUGUUUUAAAAAGGCAUUUUUCCCACUUUCAAUGACAUCAAUGUGAUCACUGUUAUAUAUUUGAACACUCGCUCACCAGUUGAAAUGUUUCUUUUGAAAAUGUUUUAAUUCAGGAGUCGUGUUUCUAAGUUGUCAGACUAGCACUCUUUGAAUAUUAUGUUGUUUCUUUACAAUGGUGACUUGGACUGAUGUCAGUAAUCAUGAGCCUUGAUUAGCAGCUACUGGUCAAUUCAGGUGAUUGAUGGAUUGGGUCUAAGAACAGUUUUUGAUACUUAUCUUAACCAUUUCGUGGUGCUUUUGUCCUAUUGUAAAUGCUGUUCAUUUGAGGACACAUUUGUCAUGCUGACUACAGCUUUUAAUACAUAGUGAUUUUGCCACGGUGGGUUUCAUACGCCUAAACUGAGGCAUAUAUAUGGUGAAACAACACCACACUGACCUGUAAAUUGUGGCGUUUUACUGGAACAAGUAACAGUGUGAAAGGGGAUUUAACGCAUUAUUGUUUUGAUUUCUAUACUGUAAUUUUUUUACAGCUUUAGAGGCGUUAGCUUGAAAUAAUUCAUGUAUUAUCAGGAAAUUGAUUAUAAUAGAUGGUGCUGAGUUUGUCUUGAGUUACUCAAUUUUUUUUAAAGAAUUUUUUCCUGUUGCAAUAUAAACACACUUUCUUUUCUCAUUUUUAUUUGAUCUUUUUUUGUGGUUAUUUAAAAUCUGCACUGUUUUGGAAUUCACACAUGAAGCAAACUGAGCCAGACACGUCUUAAACACUUUGUGAAUUCGUGUGACAUUGAUAUGAUUACUCUGAAUAAUAUUAAAUGCUUUUGAUAAACUUUGA